GCAGCAUUGAUGCUGUUGCUGAUGCUGUUGCCCGGCGCCUGUAUCUGUGCAGCCAGACGAGUGAAACCGACCGGUCCACCAUCAGCAGCAGAGAAGACGGGGACAGAGGGGGACUGAGAAGGAUCUUCAGCAUCCCUGGAGAGUUACAUACGCAGUUAGAAGAUGACUCUGGCAGCCUACAAGGAGAAGGUCAAAGAGCUCCCCCUGGUGUCUCUAUUCUGUGCCUGCCUGAACCCACAGACUGCAGACAAACCUACAUACAAGGCAGAAGAUGCAGUGGACCUGGGCUGGUGCGUCAUCAAAGAUGUGGAGGUGAUCGAGCUAAACAAGCGGGCAUCAGGCCAGGCCUUCGAGGUUAUCCUCAAGCCCCCAUCGUUUGACGGCGUGCCAGACCUCAACACCUCCAUGCCGCAGCGCCGUGACCCAUCACUGGAAGAGAUCCAGAAGAAGCUGGAGGCUGCCGAAGAGAGACGGAAAUGUCAAGAGGCUGAGCUGCUGAAGCACCUGGCAGAGAAAAGGGAGCACGAGCGUGAGGUGAUCCAGAAGGCCUUCGAAGAGAACAACAACUUCAUCAAGCAUGCCAAGGAAAAACUUGAGCAGAAGAUGGAGGCCAACAAGGAGAACCGGGAGGCCCUGCUGGCUGCCAUGCUGGAGAGGCUUCAGGAGAAGGACAAACAUGCAGAAGAAGUGAGGAAGAACAAGGAGAUGAAGGAGGAAGCAUGUCGGUAGAUGAAGAAGAGAGAGAGAAAGAGUAAGAUGGGGAGUUUUUCGAGUCAAUUAAAAAAGUAAAUCAAAACAGUGCAGAAAAGAGAAAAAAAAGAACUCAAAAGCAUUCAAACUAAGAGAAAUUGCAAAUUUUCAUAUUUGAUGUUUGCUCUAAUGAUUAUGAGCAACCUGUACAAAGUUUAGCCAGCUCUUGAUGUUGAAAUUCAAUCUUGCUCUUUUUUUCUAAAGGAAAGUGUGUGUGUGUGGGAGGGGGGGUGGCAACAACAGGAAAAUUCUUAGUUUUUAAAGCAACAGUGGUUGUCGGGAAAUAAAGCUGCAUCAGGGCAGGACGAGGUAAAAAAUUAGAAUCACAGCUCUCUCAUUUUUUGGAGUUUUAGUAGCCUUAACUGAGCUGUGUUGUUCCUGCUAUUGGUUGCAUCAGAAAUUGUCACUGAAUUCUACCAAUUGGGCAGCAACACAGUCAACUACACCAAUUCUCUCCAGCUUAACUGUUACUAUGGAGUAGGGAGUUGUAAUCUAAAUUGUUACCUCGGAAAACAUGAAAGAGGGUUUGAUGUGCUUGGAAGAAAGUGGACAAAGAUGUACCUUAGGGGCCCUAGUCAGGCGCGAGCAAUACAAGUUAAAGCUAACAGUUGCAACCUUCUCCUCGUCUUUGAUUUACAGGACCAGACAAUACACAUAAACAAGAUUCAAACCAACAAGAUUCUGCUGUUUCCAAAUUAAAAAUAAAAACUGGUUUCCCUGAGUCCACAGCUCUCAUGCUAAUUCUUCGCUGCGCCGUUUUUGGGAUUGUUCGGCCUAUCUGGGGACGUCUGUGUGUGCUAAACUUUCUGAAUAUAAAAUGAAGCAUCAGCCUUUUGUUUCUACAGUGCUCUGGGGGAGUAAAAGAAAAAAAGCUUGAAACAGCAGGACGCUCUGCUGUAUUCUGCCAUUUUCAGGCUUUGUGUGAAACUUUAAUUGUAGUGUAGUUGUAGAUCAGUGACAUGCAUUUGAGUCGCUUAGAUUUAGAGCACUGAUUGCACUCUUAUUUCAUCAAGCACAACUCAAAAGCACAUAUGCAUACAUGAAGGAUGGUGAAUAUAUACCGUAUAAACAACAAUAACAUCACAAGGGGCAAAGUCAGUGGGUGUCAAGUUAGAAUUUGGACAUUUUUGAAAGGAUGAGUCUUGGGAGUGUCUGUCUAAGCAGCAGUCUCCCUUUGCUUUGGCAUGUGUUGCUGUGCUCUGAUUGUCAGUUUCUGAUUUUCAAAGGAAUUUAAACCUGAAAGAAUAAAAAGAAAGAUGAAUUUUGCUUGCGUUGUUGAGUCAUACUGACUUUAUUGAAAUGUCUCAAAUAUUUGCACUGUAACAGGAGAGUCGUAAUGGGGUUUGUACUUGCUGUAACUGUGUGUCACUGUAUAUCUUCAAGGCUGGAUUGAUUGUAUCUAUUUGGCAUGGUCAGUAAAAACAGCUUGACUGAA